GUUGCCUAACAUAUAUUCCUAAAUAUUUACCCAUAAAUAUUUUAAAAAGACUAUUUAAAAAAAAGUCAAGAUGCCGCGCCGUAAGCCCACCAUAAAGACCGAUGUGAUUGGCGACCUGGACCUUAACCCAGAGGUGGCCAUCGAUGACUAUCGCGUCUCACGUCAGCAGGAUGAAUUUUUCGUAAAACCACCGAAUUGGGAUUCGGCUGGGGAUACCAUUGAAAUGCUGUAUAUAGCCAAUUUGCGAGAGCACGAUGCCAUGAAGCAGGUGCAGAUGCAGUUGCUGAAGGAUGCCAAACGGCAGACGGCAUUGAAUGUGCAGCGCAUCCGUAAGAUGUACAAAAUUCAGGAGCGCCUGCGCAAACGCUUCGUCGAGGUCAAUGGUUUUAUCAAGGAUUGUGCGGACAAGAAGCGCAGUGCGGACAAGUCGAUUCGCGAGGAGUCGGUUCUCCACGAGGAGGUCACCAGGGAGAUAGACGAGUUCAAGACCUCCAUUGCCGAACUGGGCACCUUCCGCAACGCCCUCAAGGCCACGGUGGCCCAAUUCCAGCCAUACGAAAGGGUCCUGGAGGAGGUGGUCAAGGUUUCCGACAUUUUUAUCUCCACCAAGGACUGCAUCGACCGAUGCGAUGCUCUGAUGCUGGCCCAAGUGGAGAUAACCAAGUUGGAGGCCCAGAAACUUAACGAGAUCGAGGAGAUGCGCCAGCGUAUGGUCCAGAUCACCAGUGAGGCGGCUCUGACCGUCUUGGGUCUCAAAAACGAUCUGGCCCGACUGGACCGAUCCUAUGUCAACUCGCGGGCCACUUGUCUCAAGUGGGAGAAGAUAUUGAGCACCUGCAAGGAUACCACCUCGUACUACAAUCUCGACAAGGAGCGCAUGUUCGACGGCAUCCAGAUCCUGUACCGCAUGCUCUGCAAGCGCCGCGACAUUGUGCCCAGCUAUCACAGCUACGAGAUCGAUCACAUCCUGAGCUUUGCCAUGCGCGAAAUCAGACUCCUUUCGUCUGUCCUCCAGGAAUUGGAGGCCACCAAAGGCGAUAAAGUUGGGGCAGGAAGUUUGUGUUAACUGGAAUUCAGAUAUGUUUUUUAGUGAUGCAUGAAUAAAUUGUUUUAAAUGCUUUUACUAA